CUGUGUAGUAGCAAUCCUGCGUACCAAAGUUCCCCCCACCAACCCCGAACCUCGAUCUACUGUCUGUCUUCCUUGAUCAUUUGAUUAUCCAUAUAGACCCUUUGUUCAUUUACUUUCCAGCGUUCCAGUAAUCCUGCACCCGUCUUCGCCGCUAUGGCAUCCCCCAGUCCCGAGGGUGCCCUGAGCAACUUCCCUCAGGAUCCUUCCGAAUUCGACAGCGACCCGCGCAUUUCCUUCUCGAAACUAGACGACAAAUUCAUUUUGGAAACAGAAGAUGGCCAGGAGUUUGAAUACGAUACGGCUUUGAAGCGAUGGAUUCCGACGGUAGAUGAACAACUGCUCCGACAACAACAAGAAGCCUAUAAAGUUCAGGGCGUAGAUGACAAUGACGAAGUCACGGCAUCGCAACUCAAGAAGAAACGCAAGCAGCAAGCGACAAAAGAUGAGGGGAAUGGCCAAAAAUCGAAGAAACCGCGUGUUAACACAGCGGUCUAUGUCACGUCCAUUCCUCUUGACGCUGACUUCGAAGAAAUCAGAUAUGUCUUUUCUAAGUGUGGCGUCAUCGCCGAGGAAAUUGACAGCGGCCGCCCACGGAUUAAGAUGUACAUGGACGACGAUGGAAAAUUCAAGGGUGAAGCUCUCGUCGUGUUCUUUCGCCCAGAAUCUGUCAACCUUGCAAUCCAGAUGCUGGAUGACUCGGAUUUCAGAUUAGGUGUAACAGGGCCGCAGGGGCCUAUGCGGGUCCAACCUGCAGAUUUCUCUUACAAAAGCCAACAAGAGGCACCGGCCAAGACCAGCGCGAAGGAUAAGAGAAAGAUCAUUCAAAGAACCCAGAGAUUAAAUAACAAACUUGCCGAUUGGGAUGAUGACGAACCAUCUGCUUUACCAGAGACCAACUCUAAGUUUGAAAAAGUUGUCAUCUUGAAGCAUAUGUUCACUCUGAAAGAACUUGAUGAUGACCCAGCAGCCAUCCUUGACAUCAAGGAGGACAUACGUGAUGAGUGUUCCAACCUGGGAGAAGUGACGAACGUAGUCCUUUACGAUAAGGAAACCGAUGGAGUGGUUAGUGUCAAGUUCCAAGAUCCAGAAGCUGCAAGAAACUGUGUAAAGCUUAUGGACGGCCGGUUUUUCGCCGGUACCCGCGUUGAGGCUUACAUUUCCGAUGGUAGCGAGCGAUUUAAGAAGACUAACGAGAAACGAGCGGCUCUUGAGGACUUGGCGGAGAAGGGACUUGAUGCCGAUGAGGAUGAGGAAGAGAGGCAGCGAUUGGAUGAAUUUGGCACUUGGCUCGAGAGCUCUCAUACUGUGGAGAACACGGCCAAAUGAGGGACUCGGGCGAUCUUGUGGCAGUUGUGCUAUGUCACCUCUAGCUUAAGGAACCUACUCCAGAACUGUGUGCGAACCGUUGAGGAUCUCCACCAGUACUGAGCUGCGGAGUUCAUUUCCAGAAAGCUUCGUGUAUUAUACCUACUCUGGGAUAUGUAGAAUUGUAUUUAAUUCGCGAUCGAUCCAUAUGUUGUUGGUGGUGUCUGGCA